GAGGGAGUGAAUGAGAGAGCGAGAGAGAGGGAGAGAGAGAGAGUGAGAGGGAGGAGGGGAGAAGGAGAGAGGGGUACAAAGAGAGUAUCUGCUCAUCAAAUGAGCAUAUCCAGGGAGUGAGCGGCACAGGCAAGACACGCAGAGUACUGUAAUUACCCAAGGAUUUUUUUAAUGAAAAGCUGGAUUAUGAGGAUUGGAGAAGCAGUCGUCAGAUAUUGAAAGGAAGGAUUAGUGGCUUUUCAGUUUGCCUUUCCUCCAUAAUGGGGAUAGACCGGCGGCGGAGAGCAUCUCUGGCGCUCACCUUGAACUUCAUCGCCCUCCUGUUCGCCGUUUCCGCUCUCACCACCAGCUACUGGUGCGAGGGCACCAGGAAAGUGGUGAAGCCUUUUUGCACAGGGCCCAUCACACUCAAACAGCCCUUCUGCAUAAGAUACAACAGCUCCAAUCUCAACGACAGCCGGCUGGUCCAGUACAUCUGGGAGACUGGAGAGGAUAAGUUUCUUAUCAGAAAGUUCCAUACCGGCAUCUGGUACUCCUGCGAGCAGAAUGUCAACAUGAUCGGAGAGCAUUGCAGAAGUUUUCUUAAUAUUGCCCCUUCACAUGAAAGAGGUGUCCUGUGGCUGUGCAUUGUGGCCGAGUGUCUCUACAUCGUUUUGCUGGGGACCGGUGGGAUACUCAUGUCAAUAGAAGUCUGUCAUUACGGCAACGUUAUUGAUGGGCUCAAGCUGAAUGCCUUUGCUGCAAUAUUUACCGUUCUGUCAGGGCUUUUGGGAAUGGUGGCCCACAUGAUGUUCACCACAGCCUUCCAGUUAACAGUGAGUCUUGGGCCAGAAGACUGGAAGCCACAGACCUGGGACUACAGUUGGUCCUACAUUCUGGCAUGGAGUUCCUUCACCUCCUGCAUGGCCUCCUCUGUGACAACCAUCAACAGGUACACAAAGACUAUCCUGGAGUUCAAACAUAAACGGAGAAACAUUGAGAAGAACCUGAAAAUCAAGCAGAAGCUGCUAGACCUGGACUCUCCAGACCAAGUGUGGGACAUGUACAUCAGCUCAGUUCCCAGCACGGCCGAGGAGCUCUUGGACCUCUCCAGUAAUGGCCGCAAGUUGUCCAACACCUCAGUCUUCCUGGACCUGAAUGACCUACCUGAUCCACAGGUGGAGGAGUACUGCUAAAGGCCCCCACAAAGAUGGACGUCUCUUCAGGGCUGUCCUCAGUGGUGCCUGAGAGCCCCUGGCUCACUUACCAGUCCAUUACCACCUGACUCUCUACGCAGCUCCAUCUCUAAGGAUGGGAUAAGGAAAGUGCUCAUUAUGGUUUAUUUGCAUAUUUAUCUGUAUUCCUUUCAUUACCUCAACAUUAGAUGAGUCGAUUUGCUUCAUUAUCAUUUCACUAAAACUUCAGUAGAAGUUGCAGCUGUUCAAGUUUACUGUGGUCUUUGUUUUCUAGGUGUGCAUGAGCAUCUGCGUGAGCAUGUGUGAGUGGAACAAAUUCAAUUUUGCCUUUUGUGAAACCAAUUAUAACAUGAAGAAAGAACAGUCAUAUUUGUUUUCCUUCUUAGGAAAAGAUUCUUUCAUGUGCUUUCUCAGAUGUGGUCUUGUUUUAUAUUAAUAGAAAAAAAUAGGUCUUUCCAGUGACAGAAACUGGACUUGAAUAUUCAUGUGUGAAAAGAAAUGAUUUUGUUUUGUUUUGUUAGACUACAUUAACAAAAACAUAUAGUGCAUCAUUCUUUCAUUUGCUCCUGGUCACCAACUAAAUAGUCGGAAAAAAUGUUUUUAUAAUUUUACUUUGUAAAUUUUUUAAUGUGAAAAGCAUACACAAAUAUACAGUAUAUGUUGAGUGCCUUUGUUUAAAAUUAGUGCAUCUGUUGCAAAUGCAUGGUGAAUAUUGUGUGUUUUUAAAUCUAUCAGUUAAGCAAAUGCAUUUUAAUGAGAUAAACCAGUUAUCUCCUUAUAGCACAUUACUCUAUUUUGAUCAUAGGUCAACCUGGACACAGUGAUUUACAUAUAUCCUUUUACAUAUGGUCUUCUCUGUGCUGGUUAGCAAAUAAAGCAUAGACAUUUUGCUAAUGGUUUAAUUAUUAUUUUAAAAAUGUUUUAUUUAUAUUCCAAAGUGUUACUUUUACAAAUGAGAAAGUAAACAAAUAAUUCACAGAAUAGUAGCAAAAUACUGAGCAUACAUUUAUAUAUCUGAAUAUAUAUUUACACUCAUGUCUUUUUAUACGAUUUCAGAUACAGAGACCUUUGGCUGCAUACAUAAGUACAUAAAGAAUAACCAUGAGUAAAAGGGUAACCUUUGUCAUGGAAAAGUGAAAAUGUCACAGAUUUCAAUAAAAUAAAAUAUCAGGAAAUACAUAUAUUCCAGGUAUAUGAGGUUACAUUUUACAAAUUAUUUAUUUCGUUAUUAAUUUAUUGGUUUGUUUAUUUAAAUAAUUAAAUGCAACCGAAGUGGAGUCGCUUUGUCAUUGUCAUUACUUUCUUGUCCACUGUACAAAAUCAGAAAGAGAUCCUUUCCGCAGAAGGAUUUACCAGAACUAUUUAUCACUAUUAACCUAGCAAUCUGCACUUAUAAGAGCUUAAAAGGUCAGAUAACCCUGUCACUAGGAAACAUAGCUUGGAUAUGGUCACUCUUAGAAUCACAUGUCAAAAACAAAACAUUGUAAAAGACUGAAAAACUAUUCCAUUCUUCCAAUAGAUAAGUGAUUAUACGAUAUAUUAUGUGGAGCACAAUAUUUCUCUUAUACAAGAAAUUUUACCAACAUCAAAUUAAAUGCAUUACUUUUUGCUUAUUUUUAAACAACCUCUUGAAUCUUUAAAAAAUCACUGUACUGAGGUUCUGCAGAUGGUGUGUUUUAUGUGGUUCCACAAAUGUACUGCCCUUGUAUGAACAAACCGUUCAUGUGAUGAUGAAAGUUCUACAGUGGCAUGAUUUCAAACAUGGGUGAGCAUGAGAAAGAAAAGUGAAAACAAUUGUGUGAUGCCAAACAAAUCUGUUUACAUUUGUGAUGUAUUAUAAUUAAUAAAAAGAAAUUCAAUAAC